AUGGCCCUCUACGACCUCAACAUCGCCUGGUCCCCCGCCACGCCCACCGACCGCCUCCUCCAGACCCUCGCGACCGCGCGCUCCCUCGGCUUCACCACCGUCGCCCUCAACCACACCCUCGAGCUCCCCUUUCCCGCAAACCCCACAGCGCCCUUUCCACCUCUACCCUCCUCAACAACAUCCUCCUCCUCCUCCUCCUCAUCAUCGUCCUCAUCAGCAGCAAGCGCAACAACAAAGCUCCCCCACGUCCUCCACCGCGCAACCCUCCCCCUCGCCGACCCCUCCGCCUCAAACUACCGCCUCCCCUCGCUGACCUCCGUCUACGACAUCCUCGCCAUCCGGCCCCUCACCGAAAAGGCCUUCCAGAACGCCUGCCUCACCCUCGACAUCCCCCUCAUCUCCCUCGACAUGUCCCAGCACUUCCCCUUCUACUUCCGCCCGAAACCCUGCAUGGCCGCCGUCUCCCGCGGCGUCCGCUUCGAGCUGUGCUACGCCCAGGCCCUCGCCGCCCCCGACCCCCGCGCCCGCGCAAACUUCAUCUCCAACGCCACCAGCCUCAUCCGCGCCACCCGCGGCCGCGGCAUCGUCAUCAGCUCCGAGGCCAGGUCCGCCUUCGGCCUGCGCGCCCCCGCCGACGUCGUCAACCUCUUCAGCGUCUGGGGGCUCCAGAGCGAAAAGGCCAUGGAGGGCCUGCGCACCAUACCCCGGGGCGUCGUCGUCAACGAGGGCUUGAAGAGGGACGGCUUCAGGGGCGUCAUCAACAUCGUCCAGGUUGUCAAGAAACCUGCGGCCGUCGAGGGUGAGCAGACGGACGACCAGUCUUCGGCGGCGGAACAGGGCGGUAAGAGGAAGAACCAGAAGCGCAAGAACGGCGGGGACGAUAUUCAGCCUACGAGCAAGCGGGGGGCCAAGAAGAUGAAACUGGCGGCAAGGGGAGCGGCAUCUGAAAAGAAGGCGUCAUGA